GUUAUGUGUUAGUAUGCCGGCACUCGUCUAGGUGUCUGGUCUGUUCUGUUCUCUUAAGUUUAUUUUAAUUAAUGCUGUAUUUUUUAUUGCAAUGGGCAAGAUAGUCAUAGUUCUAGCAGUAGUUGCUGUAGCCGUUGGUGUACUGAUUGCUCUAAGAUGUAAUCAAGCACCCGCCGUCCCACCAAAACUGGACCCGCAAGAAUGGUGGGGACCCAACGAAUUGAAAGGAAAAGUUGAUAACAGUAUAAAACCUUUCCAAGUGAAGUUUGAAGAAUCGGCAAUUAAUGACUUAAAAGCCCGUUUAAAAAAUCACCGGCCAUUCACUGCUCCGUUAGAAGGAAUUGGUUUUGAAUAUGGCUUCAACACCAAAACAUUGAACUCGUGGGUUCAAUACUGGGCAGAAAAGUAUCCAUUCAGCGAGCGCGAGAAAUUCCUUAACAAGUUCCCUCAGUACAAGACCAAUAUCCAGGGUCUGGACAUACACUUCAUAAGGGUUAAGCCUCAGGUUCCUUCUGGUGUCCAAGUGGUGCCAAUUCUGCUGAUGCAUGGCUGGCCUGGUUCAGUAAGAGAAUUCUACGAAGUCAUCCCACUGCUCACUAAACAGAAUCCGGGUUAUGAUUUCGCUUUUGAAGUCAUCGUGCCUAGUUUACCUGGCUAUGGAUUUUCUGAUGCUCCUGUACGACCAGGCUUGGCUGCUCCUCAAACAGCUGUGAUAUUCAAGAAUCUGAUGAACAGGCUUGGCUUCAAGAAAUAUUACAUCCAAGGUGGGGAUUGGGGUGCGAUUAUCGCUGCAUCUAUAGCCACCCUGUUUCCUGAAGAUGUACUGGGUCAUCAUACCAACAUGCCUUCAGCUUCGGGUCCCUGUGCUUUCCUAAAAUUACUGAUCGGCGCUGUCUUCCCCUCAUUGGUCGUGGACCCUAACUUGGCCGAUAGAAUGUACCCAUUGACCAACACAAUCUCCUAUAUCCUGGAAGAAUCUGGUUACUUCCAUAUUCAAGCAACUAAACCUGAUACUGUCGGGGUUGGCCUCAACGAUUCUCCAGCAGGACUCCUAGCUUACAUCCUGGAGAAGUUCUCGACGUGGACGAAGAAGGAGCACCGUUCGACGGUCGACGGUAAACUGGACAUCAGGUUCACAAAGGACCAGUUGAUUGAUAACCUGAUGAUUUACUGGACCUCUCAGUCGAUUACAACAUCAGUGAGAUUCUAUGCAGAGAAUUAUAGUAGGAGAAACAGAGACCUAAAUAUUGACGGAUACAAAAUUGUUGUACCAACCUGGGCCCUACAAGCGAAGAAUGAACUUGUAUACCAAUCGCCGAGUAUACUCCGCGUCAGAUACACAAACCUCAUCAACACAGUUUCUCUCGAUGAUGGCGGUCAUUUCAUAGCCUUCGAAAGGCCCAAGGUGUUUGCAGAAGACGUGUUCACAGCCGUCAAAGCUUUCAGGGAAUGGCACACAAACAAUAAAAAAACCGAAUUAUAAUUUAGUCAUCUCCUUUGAUAGGUUAGGUAAACAAUAAAAAACGGAAUUAUAAUUUAGUCAUAUCCAUUGAUAGAUUAUUCAUUUGUGCUUUCCCUUCCGAUCCCCUAUCCAAAUCAAAUGGGGAUCGAAAUUACAAACGCCUGAGCCGAGAUUCGAAUCCCUAGCGGAGCCCUCAGACUAAAGUUGUAUCCGUCAGGCGGGAGUUGGCCUUCAGCCGCUCCAUAAGUCCUUCUGCGGGUAUGGUGUACCA